CCUCCCGGAAGUGCGUGACUCAACGAAAAAAUGGCUGACUACAGCUGCAGUGGAUUUCAUUCGCCCGUGUUGUGGAUUUUUUCUGUUAAAUUUGUAGUCAAAAUGUGUUUGGUGGUUCUCGGGUUGAGAGCUGUAGACGCUGAGGGUCAAAUUGAAGAUGCUUUCCGUGCAGGAAAUACAGUAUUUUCACCGACCACUGCAUCAGCACGGGAUUUACGGUAUCUUCUCUACGAUGUCAACCCACCAGAGGGCUUCAACCUGCGUCGGGAUGUCUACAUCCGCAUGGCGUCCCUGGUGAAGACCCUGAGGAAACACGGUGACUGGGUGCUGGUGCUGCCCCCUUGGGGGCGUCUCUACCACUGGCAGAGCCCAGACAUCCACCAGACAAGAAUCCCCUGGGGAGAGUUCUUCAGCCUCACCAGUCUUCAGGGCAACGUGCCAGUCAUAGAAUACGAGGAGUUUAUAGCCGAGUCUGGAGGUCCGUUUAUUGAGCAGGUGCUGGUGCUACAGAACUACGCUGAAGGGUGGACGGAUGGAAAAUGGGAGGAGAAAGUGGAUGAGAGACCCUGUGUUGAGCGGUUAAUGUACUCCAAAGACAAACAGGGCUAUUACAGAGGUUGGUUCUGGGGCUAUGAGGAAACCAGGUGUGUGAACGUCACUUGUCUUUCAGCUCAGGGCCAAGCCUCCAUGCUGGCACCACUCCUGCAGAACAACAUCACAUCAACGUCAGUGAUGUUGGAUAGAGCAGAGACUGUCCUCCAUGAUCACUACGCUGGAAAGGACUACUGGAAUACUCGCCGCAGCAUGGUCUUCGCCAAACACCUGCGUCUCCUAGGGGAUGAGUUCCGAGCAAAGUACCUGAACUCCACAGACGAGCAGGACCAGACCGUAUACAACGAGGACUGGACUCUCAUUAAGAAUAAGCUGGGUUCUGCCAGAGGGGGGCCGUACCUGGGUGUCCACCUGAGAAGGAAGGACUUUAUCUGGGGUCACAGAGAGGAUGUGCCCAGCCUCAAAGGAGCUGUGAAGAAGAUCAUGAGCCUCAUGAAGAAAACCAAACUAGACAGAGUCUUUGUGGCCACAGAUGCAGAUGAUGAAGAGCUGGCGGAGCUGAAGAGGAUGUUACCAGAGAUGACACGCUUUGAGCCCACCUGGGACGACCUGGAACUACUCAAAGACGGGGGCGUGGCUAUCAUCGACCAAUGGAUCUGCGCACAUGCCAGGUAUUUUAUCGGAACCUCCGUGUCGACCUUCUCCUUCCGUAUCCACGAGGAGAGAGAGAUAUUGGGAUUCGAACCCAAAACCACCUACAACCGCUUCUGUGGGGACAGUGAGAAAGAGUGUGAACAGCCCACACACUGGAAAAUAGUUUACUGACUCAUCAAUGUAAAACCCCACUCAACACCUCUUUUAAAAACAUGCCAAAAUCAGUGUUGAAGUGAAUCAUUUUUUUAUAUAUACGCUACCGUUAAAAAGUUUGGGGUCACUUAGAAAUGUCCUUGUUUUUGAAGGAACAUUUUAAAAAGUCCAUUAAAAUGACAUCGAAUUGAUCAGAAUUACAGUGUAGAUAUUGUUAAUGUUGUAAAUGACUAUUGUAGCUGGAAACGGCAGAUUUUUUUAUGGAAUAUCUACAUAGGCGUACAGAGGCCCAUUAUCAGCAACCAUCACUCCUGUGUUACAAUGGCACGUUCUGUUAGCUAAUCCAAGUUUAUCAUUUUAAAAGGCUAAUUGAUCAUUAGAAAACCCUUUUGCAAGUAUGUUAGCAUAGCUGAAAACUGUUGUCCUGAUUUAAAGAAGCAAUAAAACUGGCCUUCUUUAGACUAGUUGAGUGUCUGGAGCAUCAGCAUUUGUGGGUUCGAUUACAGGCUCAAAAUGGCCAGAAACAAAUAACUUUCUUCUGAAACUUGUCAGCCUAUUCUUGUUCUGAAGAUCUCGUACAAUGAUGUGUCCUACUCCCUUCACAGAACAGCGCAAACUGGCUCUAACCAGAAUAGAAAGAGGAGUGGGAGGCCCCGGUGCACAACUGAGCAAGAGGACAAGAUUGCCUGCAAUGACAACAAGCUCAGUCCGAUGAUGCUGUGACACACUGCCUCAGACCAUGAUGGACUCUCCACCUCCAAAUCGAUCCCGCAGUUGUUGUUGCCAUCCUGUACCUGUACCGCAGGUGUGAUGUUCGGAUGUACCGAACCUGUGCAGGUGUUGUUACACUUGGUCUGCCACUGCGAGGACGAUCAGCUGUCUCCCUGUAGCGCUGUCUUAGGCGUCUCACAGUACGGACAAUGCAAUUUAUUGCCCUUGCCACAUCUGCAUUCCUCAUGCCUCCUUGCAGCAUGCCUAAGGCAUGUUCACGCAGAUGAGCAGGGACCCUGGGUAACUUUCUUUUGGUGUUUUUCAGGGUCAUUAGAAUGGCCUCCUUUUUAGUGUCCUAAGUUUUCAUAACUGUGACCUUAAUUACCUACCGUCUGUAAGCUGUUAGUGUCUUAACGACCGUUUCACAGGUGCAUGUUCAUUAAUUGUUUACGGUUCAUUGAACAAGCAUGCGAGACCGUGUUUAAACUCUUUAAAAUGAGGAUAUGUAAAGUUAUUUGGAUUUUUACGAAUUGUCUUUGAAAGACAGGGUCCUGAAAAAGGGACGUUUCUUUUUUGCUGAAUUUAAAUAUUCCAUAAAAAAUCUCCCGUUUCCAGCUACAAUCGUCAUUUACAACAUUAACAAUGUCUAUACUGUAUUUCUGAUCAAUUUGAUGUUAUUUUUAAUGGACAAAAAAAUGUGCUUUUCUUUAAAAAACAAGGACAUUUCUAAGUGACCCCAAACUUUUGAAUGGUAGUGUGUGUGUUUAUAUAUGUGUAAAUGUUUUGCUUUUUAUUAAAGUUUUUUUUGUGUUAUGUUUGUAUUGUUUUGAGAAUUGUGCAAACUGGGGUCCAUUGACCACUGUGACUGAAUGUGAUGCUGAAAUGGUCAAAGACUGCAGUCAGGUGAUUUAAAAAGCACCAUUUUAAUUUGACCUGUUUACACUCAUUGCACCUUUCUAAUCACUUUCUAGGUAUUAUAUCUGCCUUUUUUAGUGUUAUGUGUGAGAAUGAUCAAAUCAAAUCUGUCUGCAAUCAAUGGUAUUUCAAUUGCUGUGCGAUUUUUAUAAGGGAAUUAUUUGUUGGUCAUGUAACAUGCAUUGAAAGGGCAGUGUCUUCUAUGACCAAUUCAUACUGUAUUCGGUUGUGAAUCUACCUUAUGUUGCAUUAUGCUGUACGAUAUUUUGUGAACUUGAGGAACCGGUUUUGUUUUGUUUUCCUUUGUGAAUAGCCUAUGAUAGAAACUGUGUUGCUUGGUUGACAUGUCAGUCUUCGAACCGAGAAAAAAGAUAUGUGGUUAAAUAUAGUAUGUUGUUGAUACAUUUUUUCCCGCAUGACCUGUUAAAGGUAAGUUCAAAGCCAUAUAGUGAACAUUGAUUGACCAGGUAAUUAUGGUGAAGCCCAGAAUAUGAUCUAUAUUUUAUAUGAUCAGAUAUAAACAUAACUUAUUUUCAAUGAUUAUAGUUACAGUAAGUUUCUUUCUACAGAUAAAAAUGAUGUAUGAUAAUUUUGGGACUUUUAUUUUAAUCUUUCCACUUGUAUGACUGUCAUUUUGAAAAUUAUUUCAUUAUAAAUUAUUUUCACGAGUAUCAA